AUGUCCAACUGGGCUGAAUCCAUCAUCGGCGCUUCCAGUCACCAGGACUUCCUCGGCUCGAGGUGCUUGCGCGAUGAAUCUUCAAAAAUCGAGGCACUAACUACAGUACAGAGUCUACAUUUUUAUCUUCGUUGCGACUGUGAGGAUUUGGUUUCACGCAUGGACUACGUGUCUUACAUAUUUUUCGGAGUGUUCUGCGGUUACACAUCUUAUAUUGGGUUUGCGAACUUCAUUCUCCAUAGACACUGUCUCACAUAUACAGCAUCACUCCUGAUCUACUCCCACGUACCAAGUUCUCCUCUUUCUCGUUUUGCAAGGUGCACCGAUGUCGUACAGUUAUACUUUGACGUUUCCAUCUGUCAUUCCGAUACAUCUCCAAUAGACCCCAAAGAUGGGUUCAAAUGGCAAGUCAUACUACGAUUUCCCUUUUUACCUUGCGCAGGCUAG